AUGCAUUCGUUUUUCUACCAAACUCUUUUUUAUGGCGUCUUCUUUCUUUUUCAUUUCAUAAGUUGUCUUUUUCAUUAUUCCUUCUUUAUCUCCUUUCUGUCUGAUCAAUUUGGAAUUUCUUUGAGUCACCGUUUAUUCUUUCUUUCUUUCUUUCUUUCUUUCACUUUUUGGUUUCUGUCUUCCAUUUUUCAGUUUCUUUCUUUCAUUCAGUUUUUAGCAACCUUCCUUUCUUUUUUAUUUUUCCUUCCUUCCUUCCUUUCUUUCAUUCGUUCAGUUUCUUUUUUUCCUAAAUGCUCUCUCUCUCUCUUUUCCUUUCUCUCUUUCUAUCUAUCUCUCUCUUGCUUCCGUCGAUGUAUUUUCGCUAUCCAUCUUUCUACUUUACCUUUCUUUCCCAAAUAUUUCCAUUUUCAUGCCAACAUCUUCUUCCGCCAUUGCACCACCCGCAGACUUUUCUUUCUGUUGCUCUCUUUUCCAAAAAUAUACGUCGCAAAAAAAAAAAAAAAUGAUCACCCUUCUUCCCAACACCCAAGAAAUCUGAAGCUCUUCUCGUCCGUUUCGGAAUCGUCUGAGCCACGCCCAAACCCUGCCGACCAUAAUUCCUUAUUUCUCCCGAAACCAACCCAGCCACCAUCCAGCCGUGCGUACUGUCCCACAAUCGAAAUACAUCGAUCAUGA